GACCGUUAGAAAGCUCCUAUGAAUAAACAAAAACAGAGUCUCCUCUGUUUCAUUCCCCUGCAUCUUACACCAUAACUUCAUCAUCAUAAGAAACCCCAAAUGGCAGAAGAAGAUUAUGGAUUCACCAAAGAAGAAAUGGUUGUUAGUGAGAAUCUUGGGUACCCAAAAGCCUAUGCAAAGCUCUGCCGCAAUAAGGAUUUAAGUCCUUUCAGCCAUGGCCCUCCCUUCACUUUCUUACCUUAUGUUUUGAAGGAACAUGAGGCUGAGAGAGCAAGGGAUUUGGAUAAGAUGUUUGCGGCUAUCGAUCCAAAGGCGAAGCCAACUACCAAGCCUAAGAUCUUUGCCAGUCUCUUGUGGAAGCAGCUCAGCCAUCUUGGGAAUGCUGGUUUCGAUCCUGCUGUGAUUCGAGUCGAUGCCUAUGGCAAUGUCGUGUAUUAUCAUGCAGAUUCAACCUCUCCACUGGCUUGGGACAUUGAUCACUGGUUUCCUUGUUCAAGAGGGGGAUUAACUGUUGUAAGCAAUCUGAGGAUCAUGCAGAAGCAAGCUUGUAAGAAGAAGAAAAACAAGCUAGAGUUCUUAAUCCCAUGGUGGGAAUUCCAACUAGGUGUAUCUGUAAACCAGUUCUUGUCUAUUUUCACUUCUUCAAAUUCAGACUUAAGGCAUAGAGGCUUUUCAUUUCUGUUCUGUGAAGGAGAAGAUCAUGAGUUGAAUGGUUCACAAAUUGUGGAUUCUCAUUCUUUUCCCCAACAUUUCUUUGCAUUGAAAGAGGAAAUUGGCCUAGCUCCGGCUGCAAUUGUAGAAUCUCGAAGGGAAUCACGAACAGAAUCUUACAAUAGGAAUCCAAAGCCAAUGUCUGCUGCUAUUGUAGCUUCAAGAAAAAGCAAGGGAAAUAUUUUGAAGGAAAAUGAAGAUCCACAGUUGGGUAAAAAUCCCUAUCAUGCCAUUGUCAUGGCUAGAGAUUCCCUAAAGCAAAGAGAAGAAAGUGCAAGAUUUCAAGCAGAGAUACAGAAGCUAGAUAAUGAAGUGAAAGAAAUGAAGCUCAUGAAUGAAGAAGAAAAGCUCAUAGUUCAGGACCUAGAAAUAGAGCUGAUAAAAUGUCGGCGAAAGGCAGAGAAGUGCCGGAGGCUAGCAGAGGCUCAGUGCUCUUACAGGACCAUGCUGGAGAAGAUGAUUAGAGACACAAUGCACCAGACUGUCAUGUAUAAGGAACAGAUUAGAUUGAACCAGGCUGCAAGUAAUGCAUUGAUGGCUAGACUUGAAGCGCAGAAGGAAAUUUGUGAUGCUGCAGAGAAAGAGCUUCACAAGAAGUUCAAACAAAGAGAUGAACUAGAUAAUGAGAUUAGGCAUGAAUGGGAGCAAGGAAGAAAGAGAACAAGAAUAGACGCUUCCGCUUUCGAGGAUAAGGAAGAUGAUGGAAAACCUGUUCUGUAUUUGCAUGGAAGCAAGCCAAGAAACCAUUUGCACAAAGAGCUAAGGAUUCUUUUGGAUGAAGAACAAAGAGGAUGCGAAGAUGGUUUCCUUGCAAAAGAAGAAGAACAAGAGAAAGAAGAACAUGAGAAAGAGCAAAAAACAUCAGCAGAUAAGAACAUGACAGAAGAGAAACUUGAGGAGCAAGAAAGAUCACUUGUUGCAUUGGAGGAAGACAACUCCAUUGAAAGGAAACUUGAGAGGCUAGAAAUAAGUGAAAGUGAAGAAAAUAGAAAGAGACGUGGCAAAGGGAAUGUGGAAAAGUGGCUUGAAAUGCUUCUAGAAGGCAUGGAUCCACAAGAAACAAAUGAGAAUGAGCAUACCUUGAAAGUUUCAGACAGUGAUAUUAAAGAGAAGCAGAUGCAACUGGCUGAAGAAGAUAGAAUAGAAAAUGAAGCAAGCAAGGAAAAGAUAAAUGGUAGUACAAGGUUUAAAGGGGUGGAAAAGAAGGAGAAGCAAGCAACGCUUGUUAGAUCAGAGAGUGCACGGAUCUUGAGGCGAAUACCAUCAUCACCAUCUUUGUUUCUGGGGAUGAGAAAAGGUCUAGAAAGCUUUAGGAAGAAGCCUGCAACAGGAAAUGAUAUUGAGGAUGGCAGACACAGUGUUGUUGGAAACAAAUUCUUUGGUUCGCCCUUCAAGACACUCAAGAAAGCAGUGAAACUUUGAAUAGAUUGAGUUUUCUUUGGUGUUAACCAAACCUCCUAUACUUUAUGAGUGAUUCUUGAUGAAUAAGUGAUGGAAAAUAUUUAUUUUAUAGAUAGAUGGGAAAGAAAAGGCAGAAGAAAGAAAAAAAAAUUGAUUUGCCAUUUUACUGUUUCAUUUGUGUAAUAC